UGCAUGAUGAAGCAGAAGCAGACGAGGACUUCUCCUUCCACCCAAAACAACCAGUGUUGAGUGUUCUACCACAGCGGAGACGAGGGGAGGCGCUGUCGAAUGGCACCAUCAUCAUCUCCUUCUUGCCUUCCAUUGCCUUCUCUCUCGAUCCAACCCCGAAAUCGCCGUUCCUUCCACUUGCCCCCGACUUUGCGGUCCCCAGGAGGCGGACCGUCCUUGCGUUCUCACCGCCUCUCUUCUCCUUCUGCUUCUUCCGAGCUUUGGAGGACGGUCAGGCUCAGAUGCUCUUCGCAGGGGCAAUCGGCCGAAGAGAGCGAGCUCGAACUCGAGCGACUGUUCUCGAAUCUUAACCAGGCCACUCUCAAGCGGGAACCUGGAAGCCUGUCCAGUGCGGUUUUCCUGGUCGCAGGCACUACGGUAGGAGCUGGGAUUCUCGCCAUACCUGCCGUGACACAAGAAUCUGGAUUCAUAGCUUCUGCAGUUACCUGUAUUUUCUGUUGGAUCUUCAUGCAAUUAUUGGGUGUCCAAACAUUGCAGGUUGCAACAGGGCUGCUCAUCGCUGAAGUCAAUGUGAACACGAUGUGCGAACUGGGUUCUGGAGGUGUAUCGCUGGUAUCAAUGGCAAUGAGAACUUUAGGGAAGUUUGGAGUGCAAGUCGCUUGUUGGUCAUACAUUUUCAUUCAUUAUGCCCUCCUCGUUGCUUAUGUGGCUCGUUCUUCAGAUAUUUUAACAAAUUCUCUUGGCAUUCCACUAUGGGAGAGUGCUACCCUGUUCUCACUGGUAAUGGGGGGAAUCUGCUAUUUUGGCAGCCAGCGCUUGAUUGGUGCGGUAAACGGGGUUUUGGUUCUUGGCAUCCUGUUGUCUUUUGCAGCUCUCGUGGCAGCCGCAAGUGGAGAUGUGCACUGGGAGUCUCUUCUCAAAGCCAACUUUGAAGCUGUUCCAAUGAGUAUACCUGUUAUUGCACUAUCAUUUGUGUACCAGAACGUAGUGCCUGUUCUUUGUACAAAUCUUGAAGGUGACCUGACAAAAGUAAGGACUGCAAUUGUCCUGGGCACAGCUAUACCUCUUGGCUUAUUUCUUGUAUGGAAUGCUGUCAUCCUAGGGACUAUUACAAGUGCUGAUGUGAGCUCUGAUAACUUCAUUGACCCUAUACAACAAUUACGAUCCAGUAAUGGAGUCGUUGGCCCUAUAGUUGAGGUAUUCUCGCUUCUUGCAAUCGCAACAUCUUAUAUCGGAUUUGUUCUGGGCCUCUCCGACUUCUUGGCUGACUUGUUGAAGCUCCCCUCUGGUCAGAACAAACCUCUGCCAUAUCUCUUGACCUUGGUUCCUCCGCUCAUACUCUCAUUGCUAGAUCCAGAAAUUUUCUUCAAAGCCUUGGAUUUUGCUGGAACUUAUGGAGUGCUGGUGCUGUUUGGAAUCCUCCCUGCUGCAAUGUCAUGGUCAGAUAGGCAGUCGAAUUCAAUUACAUCGAUGAGACCACCCAAGCUGGUUCCCGGCGGACAGCUCACUCUUGCGGUAAUUGGUGGAGGGGCGGGAUGGGUGAUAAUAUCUGAAUUACUAGAGAACCUCGGGAAGACAUAGAGCACCGAGGAUUCAUUGUCUUUGCCAGAUAACCUAGCAAUAAUCGCUUGAAUGGACAACUAGAGCACAUGUUCUUUUCACACUAGCAGCUAGUGACCAUUCCCUUUCCUCAUGGUGCGAACAAGGUUUCUUGUAUUGUCGAAGCUCCUUAGGUUGUCUUCCGUCAAGUUAUUAAUGUUCAUUCAAA